AUGCAUUUCCUUCUAUUUUUCGCUAUCCUCCUUUGCUCUGCUGUUCUAGUAAAAUCUCAAGUUCCCAAAAAGCAAACUUUUCAGUUCAUAAACCAAGGCGAAUUCAGCGAUUAUAUAGUUGAAUAUAAUGCAAAUCAUCGUAUUAUAAGCACCAAUCUAGGUACAUUUUAUAACUACCCAUUCCGUCUAUGUUUCUACAACACUACUCCUAAUGCACACAUUCUUGCCUUACGAGCUGGUAUCCCUAACGAUGAAGACUUAAUGCGUUUGGUAUGGGAUGCUAAUCGAAAUGACCCAGUCCACGAAAAUGCUACUCUAACUUUUGGCCGCAAUGGUAAUUUAGUCCUAGCUGAUGUUGAUGGUCGUGUAGUUUGGCAAACCAACACGGCCAACAAAGGUGUUACCGGCAUUUCCCUGCAACCUAAUGGAAAUCUAGUACUUCAUGAUAAGAAUGGGAAGUUUGUCUGGCAGAGUUUCGAUUAUCCGGUUGAUACCCUUUUAGUAGGUCAAUCUCUUAAGCUCAAUGGUGGGAAAAACCAGCUCGUUAGUCGUAUAUCAAAUGUGGAUGGUCGAGAUGGUCCUUACAGUAUUGUGAUUGACAAGAAAGGCUUCCCAAUGUAUCUGAAAAAUUCAGGCAAAUCUCUCCGAUACGGAGGUUGGAGAGGUGAAGGUCUUCUGAAUAUAUCAUUUGAUGCAGUGCCUGAAAAUCGUAGUAUUACUUCUUAUGAAUUAACACUGGCUUUUAGCGAACAGCAGCAACCAAACACCCCUACUAGACAUUUGCUUCAAUCAAGACCAGUUGGUAAUUCAAGAGGGAUUAUACUUAAGAAACUCAAUUACAAUGCAACUUAUUCCUUCUUAAGGUUAGAAUCAGAUGGAAACCUUAAAGUCUUUACAUACUAUACAAAUACUUCUUAUUUCAAAUGGGAUCAAACUUAUGCAUUCUUUGGAGAUGAAGUGAGGGAGUGUGGGUUACCAUCCAAAUGUGGUUCAUUUGGAUUCUGCGAUAAGAGGAUGUGUAUUGCUUGUCCUAGUCCCAACGGUCUAUUAGGCUGGAGCGAGAGCUGCAGACCUCCUGUAAUCCCUUCGUGUGCCAAUGGUGGUGCCGAUGUGAAAUAUUAUAAGAUUGCUGGUGUCCAGCAUUUUACGAGUCCAUUUGAUGAAGCACAAGGACCUAUGAAGGUGAAUGAUUGCAGGGAUAAGUGUAGUAAAGAUUGCAAAUGUGCUGGUUUCUUUUACAGGGAAGAAUCUUCCAAGUGUUUCUUUGUGCCUGUGCUUGGUACUCUUAUCAAAGAUACGAACACUUCCCAUGUUGGCUACAUCAAGUACUAG